AUGGGGGUGGUGCUGCGUGGGGACCGCGACAAGCCCAGGGCCAUCGUCGUCAAUGCGGAGCGAGGGUACCUGUACUUCACCAACAUGCAGGACCGGGCAGCCAAGAUCGAACGUGCGGCCCUGGACGGCACUGAGCGCGAGGUCCUCUUCACCACCGGCCUCAUCCGCCCCGUGGCCCUGGUGGUGGACAACACACUGGGCAAGCUGUUCUGGGUGGACGCGGACCUGAAGCGCAUUGAGAGCUGUGACCUGUCAGGGGCCAACCGCCUGACCCUGGAGGACGCCAACAUCGUGCAGCCUCUGGGCCUGACCGUCCUUGGCAAGCACCUCUACUGGAUCGACCGCCAGCAGCAGAUGAUCGAGCGUGUGGAGAAGACCACCGGGGACAAGCGGACUCGCGUCCAGGGCCGCGUCGCCCACCUCACUGGCAUCCACGCGGUGGAGGAAGUCAGCCUGGAGGAGUUCUGUACGUGGGGACUGGCGGCGGGGGGAUAG